UUAAUUUUAUUACGUGUUAAAACAUUUGACAAAUGGAAGAAUACGUUCAAUAAAUUUACUGGAAGUAAAUCAACUUCAACGUUCAACACGUUCAACAGAAAAGCAUAAGCAAUGCAUGUGUGUUGUGAAAAGAGUGAACCAGAGUGAACGUAAUAUAUACUAGGUGUUAGGUAGUAGGUGCGGUGAAUUUAAGUUCUGUGUUCUGUCAUCUGCACUCAUCUUUAAAAUAUACGUUUACGGUCACGGUACGGUUUUAAUAAAUGUAACAAAUUAUUAAGUAAAAAACUAAACAAUGGUAUCAUCAAGCACCACUGGAACACCUUUUCCAAAGUGGCAAAUUGCUAUUGCAUUGGGUACAACUGGAGCUAUAGGGUUAGGUUAUUGGUAUCUUAAAAAUACAAAAAAUUCACGAAAAACUAAAAUCACUGAUGUUAAUGGUAAAUCAAUUACCACAAGUGCAUCAAACGUUACCACCGAUGAAAAUUUAACACCAUUAAAACGAGCACAAUUACAUAAAACCGAUGGAAAUAAUUCAUUUGUUGCCGGUAAAUACGAUGAAGCAAUAUCACAUUAUAAUAAAGCGAUCGAAACAUGUCCGAAAGAGAAAAAAAUUGAUUUAGCAACAUUCUAUCAAAAUCGUGCCGCAGCAUACGAACAAUUAAAAAAAUGGAGUGCAGUUAAAGAAGAUUCAACGCGAGCUUUAGAAUUAAAUCCAACCUAUAUUAAAGCAUUAUAUCGACGUGCGAAAGCUUGUGAAGCUACAAAUGAUUUAGUUCAAGCAUUAGAAGAUAUCACGGAAGUAUGUAUUCUAGAAAAGUUUAAUAAUCAAACAACUCUGUAUAUGGCGGAUCGUGUUUUAAGACAACUUGGAGCUAAACAUGCGAAAGAAGCAAUGAAAUCACGGAAACCAAUCAUGCCAUCGAAACAUUUCAUUAAAGUGUAUUUCUCAACAUUCACCGAAGAUCCUGUGUUAAAAUAUUUAAAAGAUGAUGGGAAAUUAAAGGAUGGAACGCAUGGUUUUGCACGGGCGAUUGCUGCGAUGAAAAAACAAAGUUACGACGAUAUUAUUAGUGCGUGUACAGAGGAAAUCGAUUCAAGUGAAUCAGAAGCACAAUUUAAACUUGAAUCACAAUUGUUACGUGGAACAUUUUAUUUGCUUGUUGGUCGUCAUCAAGAUGCGUUAACAGACCUUCAAGCAAUCAUCGAUAAUAAAGAAGCUGAAGUAAAAUUAAGAGUGAAUGCGCUAAUUAAAAUGGCUGCACUAAAUAUGCAAUUAGAGAAUUCAAAUCAAAGUAUGGUGAACUUUGAAGAAGCUUUUAAAUUAGACGCAUCCAAUUGUGAUUUAUUCCAUCAUCGAGCACAAGUUAAUUUACUUUUGGGUAAUUUAACAGCAGCCAGAGAUGAUUUUCAGAAAGCAGUUGAUAUCAAUCCAAAUUAUGCGGUGGCACAUGCACAAAAAUGUUAUGCAGAAUAUCGACAAGCUGUUGGUAACAUGGAUGUGGAAAAAUUACAAUCUGUUAUGCUUGAUUUUGAGAAAUUAACGAAAAAAUUCCCAGAUUGUUGUGAAUGUUAUGCACUUUAUGCACAAGCACUUACCGAUCAACAAAAAUAUGAAGAUGCUGAUCAAUUCUUUCAGCGUACAAUCGAAGCGGAUCCCGAUAAUCCAACUGUAUACGUUCAAAGAGCUGUACUUCAGCUACAAUGGAAUUCCGAUAUGGAUAAAAGUAUACAAUUAAUACAUAAAGCUUUGGAGAUCGAUGAGAAAUGUGAAUAUGCUUAUGAAGCAUUGGGUACUAUUGAAAUACAACGUGGUAAUCUUAGUAAAGCUAUUGAAUUAUUUGAAAAAGCUUUGGUCUUAGCGAAAAAUGAAACGGAAAUGACACACCUAUUCUCUUUAAAAGAUGCAGCCGUAGCGCAACAAAAGAUAUCCGAAAAAUUGGGAUUAGAACAUUCUGCAUUUGUUUUAAAUUCAUAAUUCCUAAAAAUAAAUACGCUCCUUGCUCCAUUUGUAGAAUUUCGUUGCUCUCAUUAAAAAAAACAACUUUUUUUUGUCAUAGCUUUGCGCAUUUAUUAUUUAGUAAUUCUCAUUAUUUUAAUUUAGACAUAUUUGAAAUUUCCUUUUAAAUUUGUUUCAUACCCAACACAAAAGACUGUAAAAAAAAUGUACAUUAUAUUUUCGUUGCGUUAUCAAAUAAAAUCUAAGUUCCUCUGAA